UCGGUCGCAUACAAACCGUUUUCUUAAUUUUUUCUAUAAACCCAUUUAACAACUAGUACAAUUUUAAGCAAUUUUCAAUUUAUAAAAAAUCUAAAACAAACCACAAAUUUAUGCAAAGCUUCAAUUAAACGAGAUUGCAACGUGUAAAGUUAUAUAAAAAGAAUCUCAGGUUCAUUCUCAGACUAUUUAAAUGUUGUAUGAACUAUGACCUAGAAAAACCAAAGUGUUAGCUAAUUUUAAGUGACAAUCGUGAUCUGGGAGUGGUACUUGACUUACAUUAAGCGAUAACAUGCAAUGUAAUAGUGAAAAAGAAGAUGCCGACGAAAUGAAUAUUACGCCAUCGGAGCACAAUGGAACUAAGCUCGAAAGUAAACAAUCAGAUACUCGAGAUGUACACAAUGUCGAAGAAAAUCAGAAAUCUACUAUCGAUCCCAAUUUGUACCUCUAUGACGAUGAUUUGGAGACGAGGCCGCAUAUUUCAACAUUCAUUUCAUCAAUUGCCAAUUAUGAAAACACGAUACCAGCGGCAACCGACCCAGAUGCAAAGCCACCACCGCCAUCAGCACGCAUGGGAACCCUUAUUGGAGUCUUCUUGCCGUGUAUUCAAAAUAUCUUUGGUGUAAUAUUAUUUAUUCGAUUAACAUGGGUUGUUGGUACGGCUGGCGCUGUUUGUGGAUUCUUAAUUGUGCUCACCUGCUGUUGUGUGACAAUGCUAACUGCGAUAUCUAUGUCCGCCAUUGCAACGAAUGGAGUUGUGCCGGCAGGAGGGAGCUACUUUAUGAUAUCACGGUCACUUGGUCCUGAAUUUGGCGGUGCUGUCGGAAUGCUAUUUUAUACGGGGACAACGUUGGCGGCUGCAAUGUACAUUGUGGGCGCUGUAGAAAUUGUCCUGACAUAUAUGGCACCGUGGGCAUCCAUAUUUGGAGAUUUCACAAAGGACGCCGAAGCCAUGUACAAUAACUUUAGAGUAUAUGGCACAAUGCUCCUUCUAUUCAUGGGUUUAAUCGUUUUCCUGGGUGUUAAAUUUGUCAACAAAUUCGCAACCGUUGCCCUGGCCUGUGUCAUAUUCUCCAUAAUAGCUGUCUAUAUUGGAAUCUUCGAUAAUAUUCAUGGCAAUGAAAAGUUAUAUCUUUGUGUGCUUGGCAAACGUCUGCUGAAGGAUAUACCCAUUGAGAACUGCACAAAGGAGGAUCCGUUGCUAUACGAUCUAUAUUGCCCAGAUCGCAAAUGCGACGAAUACUACCAAAAUAACAAUGUGACUAGAGUCAAGGGUAUCAAGGGUCUGGCCAGCGGCGUAUUCUAUGACAAUAUAAUGCCUUCGUUCUUGGAAACUGGUCAAUUUAUAUCGUACGGUCGCAACUCGGUGGAUGUGGAAAAUAUUGGCAGUCAGUCGUACAAUCAGAUUAUGGCAGACAUAACAACGUCCUUUACGCUGCUCAUCGGCAUCUUUUUCCCAUCGGUGACAGGCAUUAUGGCUGGCUCGAAUCGAUCUGGAGAUCUGGCUGACGCCCAGAAGAGCAUACCCAUUGGCACAAUUUGCGCUAUCUUAACUACCAGCACCGUUUACUUGUCCAGCGUUUUGCUCUUUGCUGGCACCGUGGACAAUUUGCUGCUGCGCGAUAAAUUUGGUCAGUCAAUUGGUGGAAAAUUAGUUGUGGCCAACAUUGCGUGGCCCAAUCAAUGGGUUAUCCUAAUCGGUUCGUUCUUAUCGACACUUGGCGCCGGCCUGCAGAGCUUGACGGGCGCUCCACGUUUGCUGCAGGCAAUCGCCAAAGAUGAGAUUAUACCCUUCCUGGCGCCGUUCGCUAAGUCAUCCAAGAGAGGCGAGCCAGUGAGAGCUCUGCUGCUAACGCUUGUCAUUUGUCAAUGUGGAAUUUUGCUAGGAAAUGUCGAUCUGCUUGCCCCACUUCUGUCCAUGUUUUUCCUCAUGUGCUAUGGCUUCGUUAACUUGGCCUGUGCCGUGCAGACUUUGCUGCGUACGCCGAACUGGAGACCUCGCUUUAAGUUCUAUCAUUGGAGCUUGUCCUUGAUAGGUCUUACCCUGUGCAUAUCAGUUAUGAUAAUGACUUCGUGGUACUUCGCACUGAUUGCCCUUAGCAUGGCAAUCAUCAUAUACAAAUACAUCGAAUAUCGAGGUGCCGAGAAGGAAUGGGGCGAUGGUAUUCGAGGCAUGGCACUGACAGCGGCCAGAUACUCACUGCAGCGCUUGGAGGAGGGUCCGCCGCAUACGAAAAAUUGGCGGCCACAGAUUCUGGUUCUAGCCAAGCUGAACGAUAACCUCAUACCAAAGUAUAGGAAAAUAUUCUCCUUUGCCACGCAGCUGAAGGCUGGCAAGGGCCUAACAAUUUGUGUAUCUGUGAUAAAAGGUGAUCACACAAAAAUUUCGAACAAAGCAGUCGAUGCGAAGAAUACGCUGCGCAAGUACAUGACAGAUGAGAAGGUUAAAGGAUUUUGCGAUGUUCUAGUGGCUCAGGAAAUUAGCGAAGGUCUCAGUUCAGUCAUACAAACGAUUGGAUUGGGUGGCAUGAAGCCGAAUACCGUUAUCAUUGGUUGGCCUUAUAGCUGGAGGCAAGAGGGCCGAUAUAGCUGGAAGACGUUCAUUCAAACGGUGCGAACUGUCGCCGCUUGCCACAUGGCGCUGAUUGUCCCCAAGGGAAUUAACUUUUACCCAGAAUCCAAUCACAAAAUUGGUGGUAAUAUUGAUAUUUGGUGGAUCGUCCACGAUGGUGGCCUACUCAUGCUACUGCCAUUCCUGCUUAAGCAGCACCGCACUUGGCGCAAUUGCAAGCUACGCAUUUUCACUGUUGCUCAAAUCGAAGACAAUUCGAUCCAAAUGAAGAAAGAUUUGAAGACAUUCUUGUAUCACUUACGAAUCGAAGCAGACGUUGAAGUCGUUGAAAUGAAUAAUAGCGACAUUUCAGCCUAUACCUAUGAGAGAACUCUCAUGAUGGAACAGCGCAAUCAAAUGCUUAAGCAAUUAGGCUUAAACAAAAAAGAAAAUUCCAAAGUGGCUCAAACUAUAAUGGAAUUUAAGGAAACACCCAGUGAUAAUAAGUUAUCUUUGGUACAAACAAUUGUAGACCACCAUUAUGACGCCAUAAAAACAGCGUCGCGGGUUCGGUUUGCCGAACCUACCAGUGGAGAAACACAAAAUCACGAUACUUUAAGCGAAGAGAAACGCAAUUCUAUAGACUCAGAUGGUCCAGGGAGCACGGAGGCGCUUGAUGUCACAUCCAACAAAGAUGAGUCAACAGAAAAAGCUGGUGAUAACGCCAAAUCCAGCAUUAAGCCAGACGAAUUCAAUGUUCGUCGCAUGCACACGGCAAUAAAACUAAAUGAGGUUAUAUUAGAAAAGUCUCAAGAUGCCCAAUUGGUCAUCAUGAAUUUACCGGGUCCUCCGAGGGAAGUCAGAGCGGAACGUGAAAGCAAUUAUAUGGAAUUCCUGGAAGUUUUAACAGAAGGACUUGAAAAAGUAUUAAUGGUUCGUGGAGGAGGUCGUGAGGUUAUAACAAUUUACUCUUAAAGGGCAUUAAUCGCCCGACGUUUAAGAGUUCGCAACAUUAGACAAGUUUAAGAAUCAAUCAAAUUUUUAAAUGAAGGUUAUUAUUAAUUUGUUAUAUUAAAUCAUAUGUCCAAAUAUUUUAUUUUUACGUAAAUAAAAUAUCAAAAAUUGUAACAAUAAAUAAAAAAAAAAUGAUUUUUUUAUUAAAUGGAUUAUGGAGAUAUACUAUCUAUGAAUUCAUUAAAUGGAAAAUAGCUAUAUAAAUAUAAAAAAGCUGUAGAAAAUAACAUUUACAUCAUUUUGAUUUUAGUGUUGAUCAUCUGUAUAUUAUGACUUAGAUCCAAUAUAAAUAAAUAAAUAUAUAACAUA